UAGCGGAGAGGUAUAUAAAUGGAUCACAAGUACAUUUGACAUUACAUUUCUCAUCAUGACAGUCUCCAGCCAGCGUUUGACUGCAGUCUUCAGUCUUCUUCUUCUGGGAGUGCUUCAGAUCAUUGGAGCACCUGCUUCCUAUGAAGAUGAUAAGGACUUCCAGUACUUCAAACAGAACCUUAUUUAUGAGGAACAAUUAGCUGAAUCAAACUUAAACUCAACCAGGGAUGCAUUUAUUAACAAAACCAAAACCUACAACCUUCCAGAAGAUGGCGUAAUCGAAUCAAAUUUGACUUCAUGCUUUGAUCAAAUAGUUGAGGCACAUGCAACUGACUCUGAUGCUGAUUGCAUUUCUUAUGUCAAUAUGACUGUACUGCAGAUCAUCUCCGAUAGUCAGAAAGAGUUGCAAGCUUGCACCAACUUCACCUAUGGCUGGCAACAGAUAGGUCAAGUUCUUGAGCAAGCAGAAACUGUCGUGAAAGGAUUAGACACUGUGGUAAACAGUAUUCUACUUAAAGCCUCCGGUUGUGUGUCCCAAUACUCAAGAAACCCUACAUUGAAGAUCAAUUGCUUUCAUAGAGCCCAGGACUCUUUCCAAGUUCAAUUCAAUGCUGCGUCAGCUCUCGCUGCUGAGGUCUACCACCUCAUAUCUGGAGGAGAGCUGCUAGUAGACGCUGAAGUAUCUAGCUGUCAAACUUUCGAGAACUUUUCAUUGGAAGAUAAAUGUAAAGGAAUCACCAAGGAAGUGCUGGACAACUGCAUCGUAACACCACAAUAAAAGGAGAGUAGGAAGAAAUAAUUCUACUGUAGUGCAAGCAUUGUGGAUUGCAGAAGAAAGAUCAAAUUGCAGUUUUGCAACUCAUCCACAAAUGAAUUAAUUAAUUUUCAUAAACAUGUUUCUGUAUUUACAUUUUCAUGAAUAAAAAACUCGUCCACAAAUGAAUUAAUUAAUUUUCAUAAACAUGUUUCUGUAUUUACAUUUUCAUGAAUAAAAAUCACAGUUUGAUUUGAACAUUGUA